UCGCAUUUCUUUCCAUGGCGGGCAAUGGCGAUGGCGAUGGCGAUGGCGGCAAGAUCCUCGUCACAUUCGAUGUGGAUGGCACUCUGAUGCGCAGUGUCGGGCCGCUCGCGAAUCGCCUCCACAAGCGCGCCUUCUCGCACGCCAUGGAGGAAAUAUUUGGCGUGCGCGAUGCUACCAUUGAUGUUGUCAAGCACCAUGGGAGCACCGAUCCGAUCAUUCUCGUGAGCACUCUGGAGCAUUACGGGGUUCCAAGACAGGAGGCCACGGCCAAGCUUCCAGAGCUGAAAGCCAGCAUGGUUGGCUACGCACACGAUCACGCGUCGGAGAUUGGAGAUGGAUUGGAACUUCUUCCAGGAGUUUAUCAUCUCCUCCAGACGCUCUCCAAGGAUGAAAGCUUCUUAAUUGGCCUGGUGACUGGAAACCUCGAGGGCAUUGCUUGGAUGAAGAUGGUCAGCUUGGGGAUCGAGGAGUUCUUCAGCGUCCCCCAUUUCGGAGGAUUUGGCAGUGACCAUGAAGACCGCGGCGAGCUCGUCAAGCUCUCUCGCCAAAAAGCUCUCCAGCUCUUCGACAAGACCAUCCGUCUGCACGCUCACGUUGGCGACACGCCCAACGACGUCGCUGCGGCCGAGCUCGGAGGCGCUCUUCCCGUCGCCGUGUGCACCGGGAUUUUCACCGGCAGUGAAUUGCGUCAAGCCAGCGGCACGAAUGCCGUGAUUCUCAACGACCUGACCAACGCGGAGGCAUUCCUCGCGAUUUUUGGAGGUUUUUAGAGGACGCGACUGCUCUCGAGACAAAAAUAUAUAUAUCAUUCAUUCGCCGUGGAAAAAAAAAAGGAAUUUUGGAAAAAAAAUUUGGAGUGCUUCGUACAGAGGAGGACACUCUUUGGUUGAA